CACAUUAUUCUCUCUCUCAGAACCUAAUUAAUUAAUGCUAUUUUAUUAAUGGCUUCUUCCGUGUACUCUCUCUUCGCUGCCUUCUUCCUUUUCUCCUUGCAUGGACUACUACUGUUCAGAGCUUCAGCUUCAGCUUCUAAGCACAAAUGGGUUCGACCCUCCGGCCACCGCCUCAUCACCGUCGACGUCAACGUCGACAGCUUCGCUGAUUUCCAGUCCGUUCAGGCCGCCGUCGACUCCGUCCCCCAAAACAACAGCCAGAACGUCCUCAUCCAGAUCGCCGCCGGCUAUUACAUAGAGAAGGUGGUGGUGCCAGCGUCGAAACCGUACAUCACGUUUCAGGGAGCGGGGCGGGAUGCCACGGUGAUCGAGUGGCACGACCGAGCCAGCGACCGCGGGCCGGACGGCCAGCAGCUCCGCACCUAUCAAACUGCCUCUGUCACAGUCUACGCCGCUUUCUUCUCCGCCAGAAACAUCAGCUUCAAGAACACUGCGCCAGCGCCAAUGCCAGGAAUGCAAGGGUGGCAGGCGGCGGCGUUCCGGAUUUCCGGCGACAAAGCCUACUUCUCCGGCUGCGGAUUCUACGGCGCCCAAGACACGCUCUGCGACGACGCCGGCCGCCAUUACUUCAAGGAGUGUUACAUCGAGGGCUCCAUAGACUUCAUCUUCGGCAAUGGCCGAUCCAUGUACAAAGACUGUGAGCUGCACUCCAUAGCGACGAGGUUCGGUUCGAUAGCGGCGCAAGACAGGAAAUCGCCGGAGGAGAAGACCGGAUUCGCCUUCGUCGGCUGCCGCGUCACCGGAACCGGCCCAUUGUAUGUGGGCCGGGCCAUGGGCCAGUACUCCAGGAUUGUAUUCUCCUACACCUACUUCGAUGACGUGGUCGCACACGGUGGCUGGGAUGACUGGGACCACGUCAGCAACAAGAACAAAACGGUGUUUUUUGGAGUGUAUAAUUGUUGGGGGCCAGGAGCAGCAGCAGUGCGAGGAGUUUCAUGGGCUCGAGAGCUUGAUUAUGAAUCAGCACAUCAUUUCCUUGUCAAGAGUUUUGUUAAUGGUCGUCAUUGGAUUCUACCCCAAGAUGCUUAGU